AUGGUCGAGCACAGCUGCCGCCCGAACGCGCGCACCGAGUGGGAUGCCGAGUGCCGACAAGUGAAGCUGGUGGCUAUGGAGGACCUCCGCACCGGGCAGCGCGUCACGCGCUCGUACCUGGACGCCGCGGAGCUCCUCGCACCGUGGCCGCGGCGCCAGGAGCUGCUGCUGAGCGGCUGGGGCUUCCGCUGCGGCUGCGCGCGGUGCGUGGAGGAGUCCAGCAACGUGACCGACACCGCGACCACCACGGAGCACCUGGACCUGAACCGCUGCGCCGUCGGCCUUCCGCUGGACGAGCUGGUGCCGCAGGUGCGCAAGGCCGGCAAGGCCUGCCAGGCACUCGGAGUGCCCAAGGUGGGAACCUUGCAGUUCCUGGAAGGCGUCCUGGCGAAGCGCCGCCACGCCAACGAGCUCCUCUGGCUCCAUGGCUUGGGCCCGCCAACGCCCAGCGAGGCCGACGAGGAGGAGGAGGAGGAGGAGGUCACCGCCUCGGAACAGGCGGUGCCGGAGGAGCUGGGUAUGCCAUGGAACAUUGGGAAUUUUGCUGAAGAGACCUGCCUUGACACAGCAGAAGUUCGAUGGAAUCUCAAGACACGACAGCUGAGGAUUCCAAAUGCCAAUGUGCCGGCGCCCAUGACGAAAGAUGAGUGUGAGGCCUUCAAGACCAAGGUUCACACUGAGCUCAAGUUCACCUACGCGGACGCCACCAAAAGGUGUGCUUCAUUGCCGGACCUGCAGAAGAUUCGAAACGGCUAUUUCAGCUACUUCAAGGAUGAGCGGCAUCCCGUCUCCAAGGAGCAUGGCUUCACCUACGAUCAGUUGAAGGACAAAUCAGUCUUCGACCCAAAGAAUCCCAAGGAGAGCUAUCACAUUCGCCACACAGAGGCCAUGCGAAAGCGUUGCGCGGUGCCUUUGCGAACCCGCUGGAUGGUGCGUAGCUCUCAGGCCUACGGAUGGCUUCCUCCAAUUGAUGAUCCCAAGAACGGCUUUGGUCGUGGAAAUUUGUAUCAUCGAGAUGCCAUGGAUUACUCGCACAUCACAGUGGGAGGCAAUCGAUCUUCAGCUCCUAUUGAACCUGGUAGCUGA